UCCACGAAGACGUUUUAGUUGUUGUGCGCAUGCGCAGGUCAACUGGGCAAAUACCUCACUUCUCACAAGCUCGCAGAAGAGUGUGAAGAUGGCGGUAGGCUCCGGCCCGCUGGAUGAUCUUUUAUUACACACAGAGGUGAAUAAAGCGGUAGUUUAUCAUCCCGUACGGUCUGUAGAGUCACAACUAUCGUUCUUGUGUCACAAUAAUCACUGGUAGACACGAGGCACCCAGUAAUUACAUGGCUAUAGUUCCGGGACAAGCGAGCUAAUGUCCAGCUGGGACUUGGUCAAGACGGUUGCUGAGCAGGUACGCUGUAACUAAUGUUGUUUUGCUCUUUAGUCUCUCUGAGUGUACAUGAAAAGCAAGCACCGGAGCAGAGAAAAACCAGUAGAUGUGCCUGAGUCUUGCCCCAUCACAUCCAAGAUUGUUUCUGUUCCUUCUAAACAAGUUGCAGUGCAGGGGGGUCUCAUCAUAACCGGGUCCCCAUGGUUCAACUACGGACGCGUCGACGGCCAGCACGGACGACCCUGGCAGAGCACUUGUUGUCAGAGGCGGUGUAACUUAUUUCCCCCCCAAAUCACCAGGAGAAAGUUGGCUCGUUCUCGGCGCAGAGUUUCAAUGGGAGCCAAACUAUGAACUCGCACAGUUCAGGAAGCGCUGCUGCCCCUCUGGUGGGGACGACAGUGACAAGUGGCACUGCGACAUCUGUCACAGCUGUCAGCGGUGGACCCGUGUUGUCAAAAGGGCUGACCACCGCGAUCAUGCCCCCUUCAGUGUCAAACAGUGUCAUCCAGACGCCUCUCAUGAGCUCACAGAGCGUUGUCGCUUCAGCUACCACUGUGAGCCAGGCACCAGGACCCACUGUGGCACUCGUCAGGCCGCCUAUGCAAACAGCGGGGUCGGGUGCAACUUUGAAUGGUAACAACAAUGCGAGCCCCGCAGUGGUUACCAAUACAACAGGUAUCGGCGCGCAAUCUCCCCUUGUUAACAGCAGCCAGCCGUCCAACUCGGUGACUGUGAGGGCAGGGUCGCACAUAAUCAAGGCAGAGCCACCCACCACAAUAAUACAGUCAGCACCGCAGCAGGUUGUCACUCCAGGUGCCGUCAGCGCUCCACGGACUCCGGCUGCCGGCCCAGGCGGGAUCCGACCAAUGGUGCCUCAGAUGUUGGCCCCAAGACUUUCUCAGACCUCAACGGGACAGUCUAGUGUACAUAACAUCCAGCUCCCCCCGGGGAUGGUGCUUGUACGCAGUGAGAGUGGGCAGUUGCUGAUGAUUCCUCAACAGGCCCUGGCCCAGAUGCAGGCUCAGGCUCAGGGAGGCAUGGCACCUCGGACUACUACUCCCACAAACAUGCCUCAAGGCCAGGCCCCUGGAAACACCAUUAUCAGCAGACAAGUGGCUCCCACCACCAUCGUCCGACAGAACUGUCCAACUCCAACAUCACUGUCUGCCACCACCACUCUUCACAGGCCUCCCAUCCUUCAGAGCUCAGUUGGGGCUGCAGUACCAGGAACGACCCCAAGGACAGUCAGCCAAACAGCUGGGACCGCAGUUACACCAGUAACAGUGAGCAAAGAGACAAUGGAGAAUGUAAAGAAAUGUAAGAACUUCCUGUCUACAUUGAUCAAGCUGGCAUCCACUGGGAAGCAAUCAACAGAGACUGCAGCCAGUGUGAGAGAGCUGGUCAAGGAUUUGCUGGAGGGCAAACUAGAGGCAGAAGAGUUCACCAGCAGAUUGUACAAAGAACUCAAUUCCUCACCCCAACCUUACCUUGUGCCUUUCCUCAAGAGAAGCCUCCCAGCCUUGAGGCAACUGACUCCAGAUUCAGCAGCCUUCAUCCAGCAGAGUCAGAUCCCCCAACCAGCCUCAAGUCCAGUGUCCUCCACCUCACCCACCCCCACCACGGUGGUCCUGGGCAGCCCGGUCCCUCGCCUCAGCGCUCCAAUCAUCAGGCCUCAGCUCCAGCCUGGCGUCAGCAAGCCAGGACAGACCCCCUCACUGAUUCUCCAGCCUCAGCAGCAGAGAGCAAUGUUGAGACCUCAGGUAACCUUACCGACGACCCCCAUGGUGACUCUCAGGAAUCAGGCCCCUGGCCGCAUCGUGCUGGGACAGCCGCAGGUUCAACUUAAAGAGCUGCAUCCAGUUCCUGUGAGGCCAGAAGUGCCACUUGUUUCUAAACAAGUUUCUGCUGCAGCCUUGACUCCAGCUCAAAAGAACAAGCUGAAAGAGGCGGGCGGCACUUUUAAAGAUGAUGAUGACAUCAAUGACGUGGCCUCUAUGGCCGGAGUGAACCUAUCAGAGGAAAGCGCUAAUAUCCUAGCAACCAAUUCAGGACUGGUGGGAGCAGUGACACAUUCCUGUAAGGACGAAGCUUUUCUUUCCUGCGCCUUGCUGCAGAGGAGAAUGCUGGAGAUAGGCAGGAGAGUUGGGGUGACAGACCUGGGUGCAGAUGUGGUAAACUACGUCUCCCAUGCUACUCAGCACCGACUCAAAACCCUGCUGGAAAAGGUUUCCGAAGUGGCCCAGCAGAGAAACGUCAACCUCAAGGAGGAUGAUAAUUAUGAACAGAGCAGCGAUGUUCGUGUUCAGCUGAAGUUCUUUGAGCAGCUGGACCAGUUAGAGAAACAGAGGAAGGAGGAACAGGAGAGAGAGAUCCUUCUAAAGGCAGCUAAGUCUCGAGCUCGACAAGAGGACCCGGAGCAGCUGCGUCUGAAGCAGAAGGCAAAAGAGAUGCAGCAGCAGGAGCUGGCUCAGAUGAGACAGAGGGAGGCCAACCUGACGGCUCUGGCAGCCAUCGGCCCCAGGAAGAAGAGGAAGAUUGUGGACUCUCCUUCGUCCUCUGCUACAGCGGAGGGAUCAGGAACAGGUCCCUCUCUGUCUGGUGGUGCUGGUUCAUCAGGCUCCAGACCCACACGGCAGCGCAUCACACGUGUCAAUCUCAGGGACCUGCUCUUCUGUUUGGAGAACGAGAGAUUUACCAGUCGCUCCCAUUUCCUCUACAAGGGCUUUCUCAAAUAGGCUUGAUGUCAGAGAGGAGAGGAGGAGAGGGGAGAGCAGUGGGUGGGGGAAAUGAAGUGUGUGGAGAGACCAACCACUCCCACCACAGAGAGAGCAUAAGAGACUCUUGGAAGUGAAGAGGAGGAGAACAGUGACUUGGCACAUGUCAAGGUUGUUCAGACGUACCGGAUAACCUGAAAUACAAAAGUAGCCAUAUUGGAUGGCCUCUCUACCUCCCUCCUCAAAUAAGGCCUAUUUCCUUUCAGAGCAGUCAAGGACUUACUGUACGACUCCUUUUUGCAAAAAAUGGAUUAUAUGUUUUAUGAGGAAGGUUUUUUGUAUGAACAAAUGACCUAUUGUAUAAUUAUGCACUGUAACACAGUAGUUUGUUUUCUGAUUAUUUGUAUGUGCAGUAGGCUUUAAAGCAAUGAAAAAAAAAUCCACAUUUGAUAUUUGAUUUAGACCACCAACUAAUUUUAUUAUUUUAUUACAACUAAUAUUUUGUUGUUUUGUCAAUUUAAUUAGUUUGAACUCCAAACUGUGUAACCUACUGAGUUGCCUUCCUGACUAUGAAUAAGCCAUAUAGCCACCCCGAAGCAAUUAACCCUGCUGUAACUCGCUCUGUAUCUGUCAUCUCUAUUACUUUACUUGAUUUGUUUUGUUUGUUUGUUUGUUUUCAGCAUAUUUAUUUACUAAACUCAAGCUUAAAUUAAUUUUUAGUUAUUUAUUUAAUUUCAUGUGACACCUCAUUUGUUUCAUGUAGCUAAAAUUCAAAACAAAAUGUGUGUUUAACUUCAUAGGACAUGUUUAAAAUCGUUUUUUUUUUUAACUUUUGUUAGGUGUAUAGAUUUCAGUGUGUGAAGAGAGUUUUUCAAAAAAAAUCAGUUUGAAUUGUUCUUAUUGAAAUUAGUUUGACAUGUGUUGAUUUAUAAAACUUCAAACAGGUUUCAGAAGGCUUUUUAACCUGUAUUGCUAUACCAAACAUACAUCUACCUGAAACUGAUUUCUAUUUUUGUAGCUGCCCACAAACACACAUUUUUACUCCUUCAGUGAUGACUGACAGUGUCCUCCAAUCAUUUCUCUACCUGCUUAUAUUUUGGUGUGCUACUGGACAGACUUAGACUUAGAUUUUUUUGGUAUCUAUGACUUAAGAAAAUAGUUUCCUCAUGUAUAUUUGUAAAUGUUACACCUAAAGUUUUACACACAGUUUUGUAUAGACUUGAGAAUUUACCCAUCCAUCAAAAGGAAAAAAAAAUGCAUUUUCUCUAUUGAAAGGUUU